UCUUCUUCUCUUUCUUCUCCCCCGUUCCUCCUCACCCUCCUGCUGGCCUGCAGCCGAGCCCCUCUCCGCGGUUGUUAUCUCUUCAGAGGACCUGUCAGAACGCUGCUCCGAGAAUUCAGAAAGAAACGGCAGCAUCAACGGCCACCGCCCCCGCUCCACCCGGCCGGGCCCGGCCGGGUCAUGACUCUGCCCUCCACCCGUCCCUGGAGCAGGAUCUGCUGACCUGCGGCCAGUGCCAGGCCACCUUUCCCCUGGCGGACAUCCUGCUCUUCAUCGAGCACAAGAGGAAGCGCUGCAACGGGCCGCCGUGCCUGACCGUGGGUCGGGGGCUGGACAAGCCGCCCUCGCCCUCCCCGGGCCUGGCCCUCACCCCGUCGCCGGCACUGGGCAACCUUCGCAGCCGGAGGCCCGUGGAAGUGGGCGUCCAGGCCACGUUGGCCGAAGAAGACGACGAUCGGUUCUUGAUACCACGAGGGAUUUUCCCCAAA